CCGCCUCGCCGCCGCCGCCGCAGCGCCCUCGGCCGCCAUUCGGCACCCGAAACUUUCCAGCGCCCGCGCCUCUCGGGGACUCGGCGGCGGCGGCGCUGGGCGGCCGGGGCGGCGGGGGCGGCUCAGGCGCCGGGCCCUCGUCGGCCGCCGCACGGCCCGGGCUCGGCGACGGCAGGCCGGAGGGAGGCGCGGAGCGCAGCCGGCGCGGCGGUGCCGCCACAAGUUGCGCUGCCCGCGGCGAGGUAACUGAAGACAGAAAACAGACCUAAAAAUAAACCCCGGAAGGAAGAAGGGACUUGCCUACAUUUGGCUCUGAACUUUAGCAUCAUAGAACUUCAAAAAGGUGACUCAGAGGAGGUUGACGAGCGUACACCUAGAGGAGAAGAGAAUUUCCCCAACACGUCGCACUCUACCAGGAAGGCCGCCCUUGACGUUCCUAGGAAAGGAGUAAAUAGGCGGCUCCUGGCAGACGCUUUGUGAUUUCUCUGAUUGGAUGCUGGGGAGCCCACUGUUCCAAAGGUCCACACAUGAAGUCACCAUAAAGAAGGUGGCUCCCACUUCAUAAAGACCUCAUCGCCGCGAGGUGAGGCUAAGAUGAGCAUAACCAGUGACGAGGUGAACUUUCUGGUGUAUCGCUAUCUCCAAGAGUCAGGUCUCACGGAGCCCUGGCUUCCCUCUCCUGCUGCAGGUUUCUCCCACUCGGCAUUCACGUUCGGUAUCGAGAGCCACAUCAGCCAGUCCAACAUCAAUGGGACGCUAGUGCCGCCAGCUGCCCUCAUCUCCAUCCUGCAGAAGGGCCUGCAGUAUGUGGAGGCUGAGAUCAGCAUCAACGAGGAUGGCACGGUCUUUGACGGCCGCCCCAUAGAGUCCCUGUCCCUGAUCGACGCUGUGAUGCCUGACGUGGUGCAGACACGGCAGCAGGCCUUCCGAGAGAAGCUUGCUCAGCAGCAGGCCAGUGCGGCAGCGGCGGCGGCGGCAGCAGCCACGACAGCUACAGCAGCCACUGCGACCCCAGCAGCUGUUUCCCAGCAGAAUCCACCAAAGAAUGGAGAGGCCACGGUGAAUGGGGAAGAGAAUGGAGCCCACGCAAUAAAUAAUCACUCAAAACCAAUGGAAAUAGAUGGGGACGUUGAGAUUCCACCCAACAAAGCCACAGUCCUCCGGGGCCAUGAGUCCGAGGUGUUCAUUUGUGCCUGGAACCCCGUCAGUGAUCUCCUAGCGUCUGGAUCUGGAGAUUCGACUGCAAGGAUAUGGAACCUUAAUGAAAACAGCAAUGGGGGCUCCACCCAGCUCGUGUUGAGGCACUGUAUACGAGAAGGGGGACACGAUGUCCCAAGUAAUAAAGACGUGACCUCGCUGGACUGGAACAGUGAUGGCACACUGCUGGCCACAGGUUCAUAUGAUGGUUUUGCAAGAAUAUGGACGGAAGAUGGUAACCUGGCCAGCACCUUAGGCCAACAUAAAGGCCCCAUCUUUGCCUUGAAAUGGAACAAAAAGGGGAAUUACAUCUUGAGUGCUGGUGUAGACAAAACAACAAUAAUUUGGGAUGCCCACACAGGAGAAGCCAAACAACAGUUUCCAUUUCAUUCUGCCCCUGCUCUCGAUGUAGACUGGCAGAACAACACUACCUUUGCCUCCUGUAGCACAGACAUGUGUAUUCACGUCUGCAGGCUCGGCUGUGACCGCCCCGUCAAAACCUUCCAAGGACACACAAAUGAGGUCAAUGCCAUCAAAUGGGAUCCUUCUGGAAUGUUGCUAGCAUCUUGCUCUGAUGACAUGACAUUAAAGAUCUGGAGUAUGAAGCAGGAUACAUGUGUCCAUGACCUUCAGGCUCACAGCAAAGAGAUAUACACCAUAAAAUGGAGUCCCACCGGACCAGCCACCAGCAACCCAAACUCCAACAUCAUGCUAGCAAGUGCUUCGUUUGAUUCCACGGUUCGACUGUGGGAUGUCGAGCGAGGUGUUUGCAUCCACACGCUAACCAAGCAUCAGGAACCUGUCUACAGUGUAGCUUUCAGCCCUGACGGGAAAUAUUUGGCCAGCGGCUCCUUUGACAAGUGCGUGCAUAUCUGGAAUACUCAGAGUGGAAGUCUCGUCCACAGCUACCGUGGCACUGGCGGCAUCUUUGAGGUUUGCUGGAACGCCCGAGGGGACAAAGUGGGCGCCAGUGCGUCCGACGGCUCUGUGUGUGUUUUAGAUCUGCGAAAGUAAACACAAAAUAUUGUAGAAAAAAGCAAAGAGUUCUAACGGACCAGCAGCAAACGUGUGGGGUUCAGCACCCUCAGACAGUCCUGUCAGCUCCCAAACUGUACGAACUUGACUUGGUUAGAGUGGACUUUGGAAUCCACUCAUCCCUGGCCGCAGGAGUCUAUAUUUUGUCGUAACCUUCAUCAAGAAGUUUCAAACAGAAACAUACACACAGUCAUAUUGAAAGGGGAAAGAAUGGUUUCCACCUGGAACGUUCAGCCUGCACACGAAGCUACCAGCCAGACAGUGCACGGUUUGGGUUCCAUCCAGAACAGGCUCUGAUGGCUAAGAGGAAAAAAAAAAGCUGUGCCAAAUAAAGAAAAAAAGAGAAAAGUGCUGUGAUAAACCAAAAGGAAAGGGGAAAAAAAUUCCUCCAUGUGGAGGGUUUUUUUUUCCCCUUAACAAUUUGGACACUACAGUUGCUCUCACAAAAGAUGUUCAAAGACCAGUUUGUACCGAUGAAACGUGCAUUUGUAAUCCCAACACUUUGUAUUUUCUAGAAUCUUCUUUGUCCAGUGGUUUUUCUAUUGGCUGGAAUCCUGUCGUUUGGGGGCCUUUCAUCUGAGAUGGAAACUGUGUUUGGCUUGUUGCUUCCUUCCUCCUGUUUUCUGCCCCUCCCCGUCUUUCCUUUGUUCGGUGUGGUUGCGAUUUGCAGUCCACGCUCAGUAGAUGCAGCCUCGUGGACACGACGACAAAAUCUUUGACACGACGAUAAAAAUCUUUGACGGACAGCUUUCUCCCUCCCCCGGCCCCCACCCCCCUCUCUGUGUCCCUCUCUCAUAGUUGCUUCAGAUCCUAGGUCUCAAGGGCACUUUGGGCGCAUAAGUGCUUUAUGUAAGAAGGUAGGGCAGGGGGACUUUUUACAGAAGAAAAAAAAUGACUUAUAAGAGAAAGAGCCCGGAGUAUUUUUGGAAAAAGAAAAUAUUUUUAUGUUAAAGCAAUUUUAAAAUCCGAAAAGGGCCAUCAGACAUAGAGAGCUUUGUGUGAUUCAUAUUUUAAAUAAGUUUUAGGAAGCCACAGGCAGGGGCUGAGGUAGCUUUUCCCUCUCCCUUCAGCUUCAUGAGAGGUGGUUGGCACUCUGGGCAGAAGAGAGUCAGUCCUUGGCUCGGCAGCCACAGAAGAGGCCCCGCUCUGUGGCUCCAGGACGAGCAGGCGUCCUUUGGGGCGCGGCCACCUUCGGAGCUGGCAGGAGAGAAGCGAAAAACAGGACCCUCUGGCCCCGAGAAGCAUUCCCCAAACCUGACGGUACCGAAGAAGCCAUCAGAACCGACAGCCCGGCUCAGGCUACAUCUUUUUUGACAUAUUUUUCGCAGCAGUGUAACUACCAAUGGCCGCUUCACCGAGAGCAGGCUGGCAGGUCCUUGCCAGGCUGACGAUGAGGGCCCCUGGAUCUCACUUGGUCUGUUAAUGACAAAAAUGCACGGAGAUGGAAGAUUUUUCAACCCUGAAGGUAAAUUCUCUAGGUAGAAUGUCACUAAUAAUUUCUGCCAUUUUCAUCAUUUCCUUCCCUCACAAGGGACUAGGAGAAAGCUUUUCUUUAUUUUAAUAGUGAAUCUUUUUACUGUUUUUAAAAAGUUAGACAUGGUUUUGUGUUCCUAGAGGAGUUUCCCUUCCUUGGAUCAGGUGACCUUUGUACUCUUGUUGUCAUACCCCGCCGCUGACCCAUCGGUUAAAUUAGCCGGGGAAAGGACUGGAGGCCUGGGCGUCUUCUCUCAUCCUCUGCCUGCGGGUGGAGGAAGGGAUGGGGAGGUUGGCCAGGCCUGGGGGCGCUGGCAGUGGGCAGGUUUCAGCGGGGGUGUGUUCCAGCAACGAAACAGGAUGUUAUUCAGAGGUGGCGUCCAUCCGUGGAGCCACAAGGCCACCGUCAGGGCAGAGUGCAGGCCUCCUGCAGAACUUGGAGGGUGCCGGGACCAGCUGUGGGAGCCAGGCCGCGUUCGUCCUUCUCAGAUCACGGGUGGGCCUCCACGUGGAUAUGCGAAUUACUCCAGCCCCAGCUGUGGAAGACCAAAGAGCGCUCUGUUGAUUUCUUCGGUAGUUGAUUCAGACUCUGUUACUAAACGCUUAGCAAAGGUCAGAGUUCUGUGGGGUCACCCAUCUUUGAAGCUAGCAGGCACCCCCAGGUACAUUGAUAGUUUCCUGACCCAAGAAAUCAUUAGGCUUGGGAUGUAGUUUGUGGGGGUCCAGAUGAACACCAUCUUGACCCCUCCCCAAAUAAAAAUGUAUUCAUCUCUGCAGAGCCUCAGCUGUCGAGGGUCGGCCCGUGGUCAGGACACGGCUUGUAUGUGACAGGCCGCACACUGCUGUGGGGUGGCGAUGGUAGGACGUACUAUAAGGGGCUCACUAGACAAUCCACACGUAAAGGUCGUAGCCAGGGUCUCGCUGAAGUGUUGGCUUUAGCCACUUGACAGAUCUGAACCACUUGGGAAUGGUUAGGUGGGAGCCAAGGGCUGCGAGGCAUGGACCACAUGGGCUUGAUCCUCUGCACAGAAGUGAACCUGACAAUGAUGGAGGCAGACUGUCCACAUCCCUGGCUUCGUGACCAGCCAUCGGAGGGGAGCUCACCGCAGGCCACACGGGGGACCAAGCCUGAGAACGCAGUCGGCGCCCCUCAGAUCCAUCCCCGUUCUCAGCAGAAUGACAGCUAUUGAUUGCACCUCUGAUGUUUGCCUGCCAGUGUACGCCCUGCCGGAAAAGUCAGGACCUUGAGCUUUGUCCUCAAGGGGUGGCCCAUGGGAGUGAUAGUGUUUGACGUUGUUUACAGCGCUUAAAAAUUGUGAGUGAUGCUCAAGUCUUAGUGACCAAAUUUAACCUUGAUUCUGAAAACAGACGUAUCCAGAACCUUCUGUUGGGUUUGAAGUGACCAAGAGCACACCCCGCACACACCUGGGACGGAUGCUGUGCCCCACCCCGGGGACGUUACAGGGUUUCACCCCUCUGACCCCACACGACAGCUAGGACUUGACUUUCGUUUUGUCUCUAAAGAUAGAUCACGGAGCCAAGGGAAGUGCACUUUGUCAAACGUAAGCGUCUGCUUUGUUCCUUGUUAUUUCUCUCUUUUCUAACCUUUUGUUCCACCUUUUUUUUAAUCGUGUUUCUUGUCAAAUGCAGAAAUGUUACUUCCGCCACUCUCUGAUGUUUCGAAUUCUGGCUUCUGCGGUUUUUAUUGUCUGUGUCAGACGUGCAGCCAGAUGUGGUUCUCUGUCAGCCUUUCCCAGAUUCUGUUCCAUCCACAUUGACCCCCGUUCUGUUCUCCCUCCACCCCACUCACCCUCACGCUCUCUGAGAAAAAGAAUCACCUUGUGUGUUGUAGCUCAUUUGUUUCAAGAGAGAAUCAACAGAUCAUAUUCAGUGUGUUGAAUAAAUUGCUCUAUUUUGAUAUUAGA